AUGGAGGAACAAGGUCCAGGACAGAAUACUGCCUUCGCAAGGAACAUGACCCUGUUGCUUUUCCUCUCCCGACUCUUGGUCCUCAAAUACUGUCUACGAGUCCCCGAUUGCCGCCAGACGUUUUCGAGCGCAAGCUGGGCCUUACUCCAGGUCUGUCCUCACAUGUUCCAAGACGUGUUCUCGGGACUGUUUUCGAUACUCUAUGACAAGCUGGAAGGACUUACGAUAUUCGAGUCGGCAUUGAGGCCCAUCGUCCGACAGGAACUUCUUUCAGUGCGAGAGAGUCUUGCUGCUCAUGCCUACCCCAAUUUCUCAAGCGAGUCCAAGUUGAGGCUGGUCGUGGACGAAGUCCAGGUUCUGAGCGACAAGGGCAGCACAAAAUUCCAGUCCUCUUACCUGGAGACCGAUCCGCGACCAAUGUUGUCGCCCGUGCUCAACGGUUUUCGAGGAGCAGGCAGUCGAAAUGAGCUUACGAUCAUCUACUGUGGUACAGGACUGAUCGUAUAG